CUCUUGUGUCCAGUGUAGCCAUAGUCCAAGGAAAAUACCUCUCCGGCCAUGGCAACCACCCUAGCCACCGACGUCCGCCUCUCGAUCGCGCACCAGACCCGCUUUGGCCUCCGCCUUGCCUCCGCCAUCUCCUCCAACCCAGAGUAUGCAGCCGUUAACGCCGCCUACUCUCCACUCUCCCUCCACGUUGGGCUCAGCCUCCUCGCCGCCGGUGCGGGGGGCGCCACCCGUGAGCAGCUUGUCGCCACUCUCUGGACAGGGGAGGUAGGCGAGGAGGCGGAGGGCCUCCAUGCCCUUGCUGAGCAGGUGGUGCAGCUUGUGCUCGCCGACGCGUCCUGCGUCGGCGGCCCACGUGUUGCCUUCGCCAAUGGUGUCUUUGUCGACACGUCACUCGCUCUGAAACCUUCCUUCCAGGAGCUCGCUGUUGGCAGGUACAAGGCAAACGUGCAGUCCACCAACUUUCAAACUAAGCCUGCUGAAGCUGCUCGUCAAGUUAACUCAUGGGUAGAGAAAGUCACAUCAGGUCUCAUCAAAGAUAUCCUCCCUGAAGGGUCUGUUGACAAUGCAACUAAACUGGUUCUUGGUAAUGCCCUUUAUUUCAAAGGAGCUUGGCCUGAGAAGUUUGACCCAUCUAAGACAAAGGACGAUGUGUUCCACCUUCUUGAUGGGAGCUCAGUUCAAACACCAUUCAUGUCCACCACAAAUAAGCAAUUCAUUUCAUCUACUGGAAACUUGAAGAUACUUAAGCUUCCGUACCAGCAAGGUGGGGACAGCAGGCAAUUUUCCAUGUACAUUCUUCUUCCAGAAGCACGUGACGGUCUUUGGAGCCUGGUUAAUCGGUUGAACACCGAACCAGAGUUAAUAGAGAACCAUAUCCCAUCAGUGAAGGUUGAAGUCGGGCAGUUCAAGCUCCCUAAGUUCAAGAUAUCAUUUGGAUUUGAAGCAUCCAAAUUUCUCCAAUGUUUGGGUCUUCAACUGCCAUUCAGCCGAGGAGCAGAUCUUUCAGAGAUGGUGUAUUCUCCAGUGGUACAAAACCUGCACAUCUCAUCUAUUCACCACAAAUCAUUUGUCGAAGUAAACGAAGAAGGAACUGAGGCUGCCGCGGCAACUACCAUAGAGAUGGUGCCUCAGUCAAUGCCCUUGACGACAGAUUUUGUUGCUGAUCAUCCUUUCCUCUUCCUUAUCCGCGAAGACAACACCGGUGUGGUGUUGUUCGUUGGUCAUGUGGUCAACCCCCUCCCGUCUUUAUAAGGUGUUUCCUCUGAAUCUCGUACCUAGGCAGCGACCUCUUCUUUCACAUAUAAGAGUGAAGUAUGUAAUAAGUGAAGGGUUUCAACAUUCCAUCAUGCUGCCCAGGCAAUAAAUCCAAUAUAUGUUCUUGUUUCGAAAUA